UUUUAUACACUCUGAAUUCAAAUGGGUCUCUUCCCCUUUAAGAGCUGCUUCGCUGUCUGUCUGACAAGUAUAACUGUGCCAGGCACUCAGAUGGCUGAGGGAGCAGAAGGGAGACGGGGCUGGGCUGCAGGGACAUAAAGCAUCCCGGAGGGAAGCAGGCAAGCCCAUCCCCGGCUGAAGGAAUGCUCAGGGUUUUCAUUCUCCAUGCUGAAAAUGUCCAGACGCCGGAUACAGACAUCAGCGACUCUUACUGCUCUGUGGUGUUUGAAGGUGUGAAGAAGAGAACCAAAGUGAUCAAGAACAACGUGAACCCUGUGUGGAAUGAGGGGUUUGACUGGGAUCUGAAAGGAAUUCCCUUAGACCAGAAUGCCGAGCUCACUGUUGUCGUCAAAGACCAUGAGACUGUUGGAAGAAACAGGUUUUUGGGGGAAGCCCGAGUGCCCCUGCAGGACGUCCUGGGCUCUCCCACCCUGACUGCCAGCUUUAACGCCCCCCUGCUGGACACCAAGAGGCAGAGUACUGGGGCCUUCCUCAACCUGCAGGUUUCCUACAUUCCUCCACCUGGGGCCGCUCCUCUGUUCCCGCCGCCUACCCCUCCGGAGCCAACACCGUCCACAGCUGAGCUCGACACCGUCACCGAUACAGCCGGGGAGGAAGACACCGAAGACCAGAUAGUGACAGGGGAUGAGACGGAGCCUUCCACAGGGCCCUCUGGGUCGGAGCAGCCCACGCUCCCCCGGAAGCCUCCUUCACACCACGUCCAUGGGAUUAAGAGGAGGAAAAGCGCCCCGAAAAAGCUGCUGUCCAACAAACCGCAGGACUUCCAGAUCAGGGUGCGAGUCAUAGAGGGCAGGCAGCUUCCCGGUGUCAACAUCAAAUCGGUGGUGAAAGUGACGGUUGCCGGACAGACGAAAAGAACUAGGAUCCGCAAAGGGAAUGGCCCGUUCUUCGACGAGAUCUUUUUCUUCAAUGUCUUUGAAUCUCCGGCUGAGCUGUUCGAUGAGCCCAUAUUCAUCACGGUUGUUGAUUCCCGGUCUCUCCGGACAGACUCUGUGAUUGGGGAAUUUCGGCUGGAUGUCGGGACAGUUUAUGCAGAACCAAAGCACGCCUUGUUCAGGAAGUGGCUGCUCCUUUCUGACUCCGAAGACUUUUCUGCUGGGGCCAAAGGUUACGUGAAAGUCAGCCUGUUUGUGCUGGGACCUGGCGACGAAGCUCCCCUGGAGAAGAAAGAAGUGGCUGAAGAGAAGGAAGAUAUUGAGGGGAAUCUUCUGCGCCCAACUGGGGUCACGCUGAGGGGGGCUCACUUCUGCCUGAAAAUUUACAGAGCUGAAGACUUGCCCCAGAUGGACGAUGCCAUCAUCGACAAUGUCAAGCAGAUCUUCGGCUUUGAGAGCAACAAGAAGAACCUGGUCGAUCCAUUUGUGGAAGUCAGCUUUGCCGGCAGGACGAUCAGCUCUAAGAUCCUGGAGAAGAACGCCAACCCCCAGUGGAACCAGCGCAUCACCUUGCCAGCCAUGUUUCCUUCCAUGUGUGAGAAAAUGAGGAUCCGGGUCAUGGAUUGGGACCGUGUCACUCACAACGAUGUCAUCGGCACAACUCACCUGCGCAUGUCUCAAAUCUCCGCCCCGGGAGGAGAGCUGGAAGAUGAGUUUCCUGUUCUCACGAAGCCCCUGAAAGCUACAGCCAUGGACGACGGGCUGGGAUUCCUGCCAACGUUUGGGCCCUGUUAUGUAAACCUUUACGGCAGCCCGAGGGAAUUUACCGGGUUUCCAGAUCCCUACGAGGAACUCAACAUGGGAAAGGGAGAGGGAGUGGCCUUUCGGGGCAGGUUGCUGAUGGAGCUGGAGACAAAACUGGUGGAACAUAUUGAGCAGAAGUUGGAGGACAUCCCGCCUGACGAUAUUCUACGGCUAGAGAAGCACCUGCGGCGGCGCAAGUACUGCCUCUUCGCCGCCUUCUACUCGGCCAGCAUGCUUCAGGACGUCGACGCCGCCAUCCAGUUCGAAGUCAGCAUCGGCAACUACGGCAACAAGUUUGAUAACACGUGCCUGCCGCUGGCCUCCGCCACGCAGUACAGCGGGGCUGUGUUUGACGGUUGCCAGUAUUACUACCUCCCCUGGGGCAAUGUGAAGCCCGUGGUGGUGCUGUCGUCCUACUGGGAGGAUAUCAGCCACAGAACGGACAUGCAGAACCUUCUCCAACGCACUGCAGACAGGCUGGAAGCAGGCUUGGAGCUGGUCCACCUCGCGCUCAAGGCCAAGUGCUCAUCAAAUGACUUGGAUUCAUUGGUUUCCCAGUUGAUUGAUGACAUCAUCGCGGACUGCAGCCAGCCGCUAGUCGAUGUCAGCGACAAGACAGCCAGCACCCAUCUGGAUCAGAACAUGUACAAAUUCCGCAGCACCAACCUGCACCAGAUUGUCCAGGCAGCUCUGAACCUGAAGCACGAGGAUUCUGACCUCCAGACAGUGCUGGACCAGGCUGAGGACUGGCUCUUGAGGCUAAAAGCCAUGGCAGAGGAGCCCCAGAACAGCCUGCCAGACAUAGUGAUCUGGAUGCUUCGAGGAGACAAGCGUGUGGCUUACGCCCGGGUGCCAGCCCAUGAAGUGCUUUUCUCCAGGACCGGCGCCAACUGCUGUGGCAAGAACUGUGGGAAACUUCAGACGAUAUUUUUGAAAUACCCACAGGAAGAGGCCAUGGGCCCCAGGAUCCCGGCCCAGGUGCGGGUUCAGCUCUGGUUUGGGCUGGCUGUAGACGAGAAGGAGUUUAACAAGUACGCGGAAGGGAAGCUCUCCGUCUUUGCAGAAACCUAUGAGAACCAGGUGAAGCUGGCGCUGGUUGGGAACUGGGGGACGACUGGCCUGACCUACCCCAAAUACAGCGACGUGACCGGCAAAAUCAAACUGCCUAAGGACAGUUUCCGUCCCUCCGUCGGCUGGACGUGGGCCGGGGACUGGUUCAUCAGCCCGGAGAAGACGUUACUUUACGACACGGACGCCGGUCACAUGAGCUUUGUAGAGGAAGUGUUUGAGAAUCAAGUCCGGCUUCCUGGAGGCCAGUGGAUCCACAUGGCUGACGCCUACACGGAUGUGAAUGGGGAGAAAGUGCUUCCUAAGGAGGAGAUCGAGUGUCCCCCAGGAUGGAAAUGGGAAGAUGUGGAAUGGGACACGGAUCUCAACCGAGCGGUUGAUGAGAGAGGCUGGGAGUACGGCAUCGCUAUCCCGCCAGACCGCAAGCCCAAGGCCUGGGUGCCGGCAGAGAAGAUGUACCACACUAGCCGGCGCCGGCGGUGGGUGCGGCUCCGCAGGAGGGACCUUAAGCAGAUGGAGGCUCUGAAAAAGCACAAGCAGGAGGAGUUGGAAGGUGAGGGCUGGGAAUAUGCCUCUCUCUUUGGCUGGAAGUUCCACCUGAACUACCGCAAGACGGACACCUUCCGCCGCCGUCGCUGGAGGCGCCGCAUGGAGCCGCUGGAGCGCACCGGAGCGGCCGCUGUCUUUGCCCUGGAGGGCGCUUUGGGAGGUGUGACAGACGACAAGAGCGACGAUGGCAAAUCGGUUUCGACCUUGAGCUUCGGGGUCAACAGACCCACCAUCUCCUGCAUAUUUGAUUAUGGAAGCAGAUACCACCUGCGUUGCUACAUAUACCAAGCUCGGGAUCUGAUCGCCAUGGACAAGGACAGUUUUUCGGAUCCGUACGCCAUCGUCUCCUUCCUCCACCAAAGCCAGAAGACGGUGGUGGUGAAGAACACCUUGAAUCCCCUCUGGGACCAGACUCUCAUCUUCUACGAGAUUGAGAUCUUUGGGGAUCCCCAGAAUGUUGCUGACAUCCCCCCCAACAUCGUUGUGGAGAUUUACGACCACGACACCUAUGGUGCGGACGAGUUCAUGGGCCGCUGCAUUUGCAAACCCAGCUUGGAGCGCUCCCCGAGACUGUCCUGGCACCCUGUCGCUAGGGGGAACAGAAAGGCAGGAGAGCUGCUCGCCGCUUUCGAACUGAUUCAGAGAGAGAAGCCGGCUGUUCACCAUCUCCCUGGCUUCGAGAGCGAGCUGUCCGCCAGUCUGGAUGAGCUGGGCACACCUGCCUUCUUCUACGAAGGGCUCCUGCAAUGGUCUGCAGACUCGGACCUGCCCUACCCUCCGCCCCAGCGGGAGCCCAACAUUUACAUGGUCCCGCAAGGGAUCAAACCGGUGCUCCAGCGCACCGCCAUCGAGAUCUUGGCCUGGGGGCUGAGGAACCUGAAGAGCUAUCAGCUGGCCAGCAUCACCUCCCCCAGCCUCCAGGUGGAGUGCGGAAGCCAGAUGGUUCAGUCCUGCGUCAUCAAGAACGUCAGGAAGAACCCCAACUUCGACAUCUGCGUGCUCUUCAUGGAAGUGCGCCUACCCAAGGAAGCUCUGUACUGCCCUCCUGUCAUCAUCAAAGUCAUCGACAACAGGCAGUUUGGCCGAAAGCCCGUGGUGGGCCAGUGCACCAUCCGGUCCCUUGAGGAGUUCUACUGCGACCCGUACAGAGAGGAAACCGACACCCCCGAGGAACAGCCAGAUGAGGUGAGCCUCACCCCAAGAGACGACGUCCUCAUUGAUAUUGACGACAAGGAGCCUCUGAUUCCUGUCCAGCUUGCAGAGGGCAUGACCAGCUCCGCUCUAAUUAACAUGCCAGCUUCUCGGGCCGAUCUCCAUGAGGAAGAGUUCAUCGACUGGUGGAGCAAGUUCUACGCUUCGACGGGGGAGAGAGAGAAAUGCGGCGGCUACUUAGAGAAGGGCUUUGACACACUGAAGGUCUAUGAGACGGAGCUGGAGAAUAUGGAGGAAUUUGAGAGGCUCUCCGACUUCUGCCACACCUUCAAGCUCUACCGCGGCAGAACGCAGGACGCUAACGAAGAUCCCUCGGUGGUGGGGGAAUUCAAGGGCUCGUUCAAAAUGUACCCCCUCCCGGAUGACCCAAGAGUGCCGGUCCCACCACGCCAGUUCCAUCAGCUCCCAGCCAAAGGGCCCCAGGAGUGUCUCAUCAGGAUUUACAUCAUCCGUGCCUUCGACUUGCAACCCAAGGACUCCAACGGAAAGUGUGACCCCUACGUGAAGAUUUCGGUGGGAAAGAAAUCCAUAAAUGACCAGGACAAUUACAUCCCGUGCACGCUGGAGCCCGUCUUCGGAAAGAUGUUUGAGCUGACCUGCACUCUGCCUUUGGAGAAGGACCUGAAGGUUACUCUCUAUGACUACGACCUCUUGUCGAAGGAUGAGAAGAUUGGCGAGACCGUCAUAGACCUGGAGAACCGGUUCCUGUCGAAAUUCGGGGCCCGGUGCGGCCUGCCCCAGACCUACUGCAUUUCUGGACCCAACCAGUGGCGAGACCAGCUCCGACCUUCCCAACUGCUCCAUCUCUUCUCCCUGCAACGCAACUGCAAAGCUCCCAUCUACAAGCCAGACCGGGUCAUAUUCAGGGAGCAGGAGUACGUCCUCUCUGAGUUCGAGGAUGGCAAGCCCGUCAACCCACACCUGGGAGCGCCAGAGGAGCGGCUCGCCCUGUACGCACUGCGGAAGCAAGGCCUGGUGCCCGAGCACGUGGAGACAAGGCCUCUCUACAGCCCGCUGCAGCCUGAGAUUGAGCAGGGAAAGCUUCAGAUGUGGGUAGACUUGUUUCCGAAGUCUCUGGGUCUGCCUGGACCUCCAUUCAAUAUCACGCCGCGCCGAGCAAAAAGGUUCUUCUUGCGCUGCAUUAUCUGGAACACCAAAGACGUGAUCCUAGAUGACCUCAGCAUCACUGGAGAGAAGAUGAGCGACAUCUACGUGAAAGGCUGGAUGAUUGGCCACGAGGAGAACAAACAGAAGACCGAUGUGCAUUACCGGUCUAUGGGAGGCGAAGGGAAUUUCAACUGGAGAUUCGUCUUCCCCUUUGACUACCUUCCCGCUGAGCAAGUCUGUCACAUUGCUAAAAAGGAGCACUUCUGGAGCUUGGACAAGACGGACAAUAAGGUCCCACCCCAGCUUAUCCUCCAGAUCUGGGACAAUGACAAAUUCUCUUUUGAUGACUACUUGGGUUCUGUUCAGAUGGACCUCAACCGGAUGCCAGCACCCGCCAAGACGGCUGAGAAAUGCUCCUUAAACCUCCUGGAUGAGACCUUGUCCUCUGACCGAUUUGUGUCGCUCUUUGAGCAGAAAGCUGUUAAGGGCUGGUGGCCCUGUGUUGUGGAGGCAGAAGAGAAGAAGACCAUAGCAGGUAAGUUGGAAAUGACCUUGGAGAUUGUGACCGAGCAGGAGCAGGAAGAAAGGCCGGCAGGGACGGGCCGCGAUGAGCCAAACAUGAACCCGAAGCUGGAAGACCCCAAGCGCCCGGAAACCUCCUUCCUGUGGUUCACCUCCCCCUACAAAACCAUGAAGUACAUCCUGUGGCGGCGCUUCAAGUGGGUCUUUCUCAUCGCCGUCGUGGUCUUCAUCCUGCUGCUCUUCAUCGGGAUUUUCAUCUACGCCUUCCCGAACUACGCUGCUAUGAAACUGGUCAAACCUUUCAGCUGAACCGGCACUGGCGAGUGCCAGAGAGUCUAGUACAUCCUGGGAUACUGCACGGCACCGUUUGACAUCAGUGACCACUCCUCGUCGGCCUGCGUUGCAGUACAGAGAAGGAAAAGAAACACAUGCUCUCGGAUGCUAGACUGUUGCCAAAAAGCAGCUAUACGUUUGCGACCCUGAAGUAUGCACCAUAACGUUUCAGAAGCAGCGUGUAACCGAUACCAGUUUGGAAUAGUUGUUAUUUUACCUUUUUUUAUAUGCUGCAUUCUGUAAAGCUUGAAUAUCAAUGCACCACUGAGAAAGGGCCUUGUUUGGUAGGGCGUGGUUAGGCUGCGAGGCUUUGCGGAGACAGUGUGGGUGACUGAUCAUGCAGUCCUUAGCGAAGGAAAUGUGGGCUAGUGGUCCGCAUCAUGGCCUACAAGCCAAGUGCUCUUGCGUUCCAGUCACACCUUUCUCGGGGGCCUUGCAUACGUCUCUCUGCCUUAGUUUUGCCCUCUGUGCAAUGUAGAUGAGUUAGCUGGUCUAUAAAGCAUAUCGAAGAUGAAAAGCACUGUGUAGCCUGGGGCGAGUUACAAUGCACCUAUUGCUCCCGCUGAAGUCAGUGGGGGUGAUCUUUGCCUACAUAGGGACUGCAGGCGCAGACUGUGACGAGGAAUAGAAUUAGAAUCUAGAGCAACCAAAUGCAAGGCAGGAUUUGAUUGUAAUUACUGGAGCAAAUCUCCCUCGUCCUUCAGCGGGGGUUCUGCUUGCAGAAGGGCUACAAGGAUUGCUUUCUAUAGCGCUCUUCAUUUUCAUACGCGUCCCCUAAACAGAUACCCUCCUCAUCACGGUGUGCAGACACGUUAAAGAGAAACAGAGUGAAUUCACACUGAAGCCAGACAGUGCAAUGUUAGUUUCCCGUUCCCUCCCCUCCCCCGAAGAAACACGUCACUCCAAAUGCAAUGUUAAAUUAAAUGAUGGCAACACUAAUGAAAUAUACAACCUUACAAUCAGUUUAAUGCCCCUCAACUUCUAAAUCAGGAUUUGGGGAUAAAAGGCAAUAAUUUAAAAUGUACUUACUAUUUAACCUGUGGAACUCACUGCCACAUGAUAUUAUUGAGGGAAAUAGCCUAAUGCGUUUUUUUCUUUUCUCUCUCUCUCUUUUUUAAAGGAUUGGAAGCCAAAUUCUAUGGUUCCUAAUCAGUCCAAAUUGCCAUUGAAAUAAGUGGCCGUUGUGCCCAAGUAAGGAUUGCAGUAUUUGGACUUGCAUAUUUCUCUGUAUGAGAGUAGCAUUUGCAUUUCCUUUUGUUGCCCAUCCUCAUACUUCAGGGCAAAAUAUGAUCACUAGCUGGGAUCAGGAACUAAUUUCUCCCCUGGUAUAGCUAGGUGGAUUAAAAGGGUUUUAUAUCUUUUUCUAAAGCGUCUAGCCUUGGCCACUCUUGGAGGCAGUAUCCUAGACUAGAUGGACCUGGUCUAUUUAGGUUGUUGUUCUGUGUCCAUUACCCUGGUAAGUGAGCACUUUCCAAAAUAAGGAGUGAAAGGCAAAGACCAAUGUCUCUUUCUGAUAGGGUGACCAGAUGGCAAGUGUGAAAAAUCGGGACGGGGGUGGGGGGUAAUAGGAGCCUAUAUAAGAAAAAGUUCCCAAAAUCAGGACUGUCCCUAUAAAAUCGGGACAUCUGGUCACUCUACUUUCUGAUAAGGUUAUUCCACUAUUCCUAUUGUCUAUGGGCUCAAUCCUCACCCCACUGAAAUAAAUGGAAGCUUUCCCAUUGACUCAACUGGGAUGAGAGUUUGGUCCAGUCGGUCGGUUUCACUCAGUACCUGAACCCUCUAUGUGUUAUGCAAAGUGUGCAAUGAAAGGUGACCCUGUGGUCCCCAUCCAGCACGGUGCUUAAGCACGUGUUUAAAUGGAAGCCCCUAAGAAGCAGAUGAUUAAGUGCUUUGCUGGAUUGAGAGGAGAAGAAACAAGCCCUAAAUCCCUGAUCCAUUGUCAUUAAUCAUUGUGAUAGCACCAGAGCAUGCCAGUCCCUUUGCAAUCACAAGGGACAGCAGCCCUGCCCUGAAGAACACACACAGCUCUGAAAAGAAAUCACCAAGCUGGCUCAGAUCAAGGAUCCAUCUAUCCCAAUAUCGCGUCUCCAACAGUGGCCAGCCCCAACUGCUUAGAAAAAGGUGCAAGAAACUCUGUCAAAGUCAACAAGGAGUCCAGUGGCACCUUCAAGACGAACAGACCACUGGACUCCUUGUUGUUUUUGUGGAUACAGACUAACACGGCUACCCCUGAUACUUGACAUCUGUCAAAGUCAGUGAUGGAAUAGCCUGCUGAUGGGGGAGUUUCUUCCUAAACAUAAGAACGGCCAGACUGAGUCAGACUAAAGGUCCAUCUAGCCCAGAAUCCCGUCUUCCAACAGUGGCCAAUUUCAGGUGCAGUUAUAUGGUUGCCAUUCCAGUCCCCAAACAGCCCCCAGCCCCACUGACAGGCCUUUCAGGUCAGAAACUGCAUCCAUGUUUGUUUGUAGUCAUCAGACGGCUGCGUUUUAGUCAAAGUUGGGUUAAACUAGAGUCCAGCCUUUCCCCAUUAAGAAGAUUGGGCUAAGAAAGAGAAGUGUAUUGACAAACCCCUGUGUUAUUUGCACCAGUAUUUCACGUCCUUUUCACAUCUGUGUUGGCUCCAUAUGUUUUGCAAAUGCACCUGUGCCUGUGUGGGCGUCUCAUUUAUUCCUUCCUCCAUACCCAGCCCGUGUCAACGUAUUAUGUUCUGUACCUUCUGCUGGCUGCCGGGGCUUCCGACUCUGCCCUGAUUGCAAAGAGGCACCAUCAAAGCUGCAGUUGGGAAUCAGGCAGAAAAUCCCACCUCCCUUUUCUUCUUGCAUCGGCUUGCAGAGUCCAUGAAAUUCCUUAUCCCAGCACAUUGCUAUCUAACCUCCAACCCUCUCAGAAAGAAAACCUCAGUGCCAGCAACCCAGCAAGGAUAAACCGCCCUGCCAUAACAAACCAAUGUGUGCAGCCAGAUGCUUAUUAGCAACCCUAAACCAACAACCACUCUGUGCACCCAGCGCUGACAAGCAAGCCUACCAUAGCAAACCCACAUUUACAGCUCAACUCUCACAAGCCGUCUUGCAUUAAGAAACCACUGUGUUUUCCCCAGCACUUACGAGCAACCCUACCAUAACAAACCAGGGUGGCUGUUCAGUGGCGGCGAAAGAACAUUAAUCAAGGGUACUGAUUUCAGAGUCCCGGGCAUCUAAAUAUACCAUUACAUGGAACAAAAACACUUGGAUGGUAUUGCUUUAAUUUCAUCCCCAUAUAAUACUUGUGGCACCUUAGAGACUAACAAAUUUAUCCCCAUAUAAUACUCUCCACUUUCCAUAGUUCAAACCAUAGGGCCAGAUUUUUCUCUCAGAAGAGUUUGCUGCUCCCACAGACUUAACUGGGCAAAACGGGGCCCUAAAUCAUGAAAGAAGAAAGAUCAAAUGAACAUUAAUUUCAUGUCGCAGCACAAGGAAGCACGUGCACCUGUCUGUCCGCCUAUUGCACUUUGUAUUUUUGCUGCAUCCCGUCCCAUCCCCAAAACAGAUGAGACUUUAAGAGUCAUGUGGAGCGUCUCCUGGGUCACGCUGCUGUUCAAUGCGGGUCGAAAGGGAGGGAGCCGGAAUGUGUAUGUAUCACCUGUUAUGCCUUAGAUGCGAUAUUGCAGAUUUCACUGUGGUUACAAAUGAAACGCUAUGAAACCUU